CAGCCCGCCCGGCCGGGGAGGAGCGGAGGAGCUGCCGGCGCCAGAUUCUAAAGAUCUGCCUUUACUGAGUUCUCCAGGAGGUAACCAACCACUGUGGAGCUAUAUUAGGAGUCUGGAGAUGGUGCCAAAAGAACUUCAUGUUUCUAUGACUUGUAUUGUAACCUGACUCAGUGAUACUUUUGGAUAUAUAUUUCUAUUCUAAGGAGAAGAGUGUGUACUCCCAAUUCUGCCAGUUUACUGGCAGAGAUUUUGUGUUGUAAGAUCAUGGACCAUUCAAACAGGGAGAAGGAUGAAAGGCAGCGGACAACAAAAGGAAUGCCAGGAAGGAGUGGGCAUGGUUCUCGACCGAGUUCUGCUACGUCCUCUGGUGUUCUUAUGGUGGGACCCAAUUUCAGAGUGGGCAAGAAGAUAGGGUGUGGGAACUUCGGAGAACUCAGACUAGGCAAAAAUCUCUAUACCAAUGAAUAUGUAGCGAUCAAACUGGAACCAAUAAAAUCCCGUGCCCCACAGCUUCAUUUAGAGUACAGGUUUUAUAAACAGCUCGGCAGUGCAGCUGAAGGCCUCCCCCAGGUGUAUUACUUUGGGCCAUGUGGAAAGUACAAUGCCAUGGUACUUGAACUACUUGGUCCUAGCUUGGAAGAUUUGUUUGACCUCUGUGAUAGAACUUUCACUUUGAAGACGGUAUUAAUGAUAGCCAUCCAGCUGAUAUCUCGAAUGGAAUAUGUGCAUUCAAAGAACCUCAUUUACCGAGAUGUCAAGCCAGAGAAUUUCCUUAUUGGCCGGCAAGGCAAUAAGAAAGAACACAUCAUUCACAUCAUCGACUUUGGAUUGGCCAAGGAGUACAUUGAUCCUGAAACCAAAAAACACAUACCUUACAGGGAACACAAGAGCCUAACUGGAACAGCAAGAUAUAUGUCCAUCAAUACACAUCUUGGCAAAGAGCAAAGUCGGCGAGAUGACUUGGAAGCCCUUGGCCACAUGUUCAUGUAUUUUCUUCGAGGCAGUCUGCCCUGGCAAGGGCUCAAGGCUGACACCUUAAAAGAGAGAUAUCAGAAGAUUGGGGACACAAAGAGAAACACUCCAGUUGAAGUUCUCUGUGAGAACUUUCCAGAGGAGAUGGCCACAUAUCUUCGUUAUGUCAGGCGAUUAGACUUCUUUGAGAGACCAGACUACGAUUACUUACGAACUAUCUUUACAGAACUAUUUGAAAAAAAAGGCUACACCUUUGAUUAUGCCUACGACUGGGUUGGCAGGCCACUGCCUACUCCAGUGGGGUCCAUUCCUGUAGAUUCUGGGGCAUCUGCAAUAACAAGAGACAGCCACGCACAUAGGGAUCGACCGUCACAGCAACAUGCUCUUCGAAAUCCGACGGCGUCAUCAGACCGCCGAGGAGAGUGGGAGAUCCAACCAAGCCGGCAGACAAAUACCUCGUACCUGACAUCUCACUUGGCUGCAGACCGUCAUGGGGGAUCAGUACAGGUGGUCAGUUCGACCAAUGGAGAACUAAAUGUUGACGACCCAACAGGGGCACACUCCAAUGCACCAAUCACAGCACAGGCCGAGGUGGAAGUGGUGGAGGAAGCUAACUGCCUGAAAAUGCUCAACUUGUGGUGCUGCUGCUUCUUUAAGAGGAAAAGGAAGAAGACUGCCCAGCGUCACAAAUGACCGGUGCCUCCUGGAGACUUGUGGGAACACCACCUGCAGCUCCUGCCAUGUCUUACUGAAAGGAGCUUCUCUCUAGGGGGAGGAGAAACAAGUGACAUUUUAAACCAAAAAGAGAAGAAAAUUGUUCCAAAACAAACCGCUCUGGGGUGGAUCUGCUCCAUGGUCUACUCAUUCACUCCAAGCCUGAAGCUCUUUUUGGGAUCAGGACUGCAGCUGGCUUAGGCCUUGGUUGCCCAGUGGGCAGGUGGGCUGGCUGGCUGACCCUCCUUCCCAUUGUUUACGGCAGAAGGCAUCAUUCACACAAACCUGAGAACUAUGCUUUGU